CGCGAAAAACCUUGACCGCGUACGCUGCGUUUUUACACUUUUCUCCCUAAAAGCACCGAGAGGAUAUCGCGUAUUUCUGUCGUGAUUAUUGUCCACUCCCGCGUGUACGAAACGCAUAAUCCUCGGACCUUUUGUUCGCACGGACCCCAAUGAUGAGUUAUGCUGAAAAGCCAGAAGACAUCACGAAAGAAGAGUGGAUGGACAAAUUGAACAAUGUGCACAUACAGAGGGCGGACAUGAAUCGCCUCAUCAUGAAUUACCUGGUGACAGAGGGUUUCAAAGAAGCUGCAGAGAAGUUUCGGAUGGAGUCCGGAAUCGAGCCGAGUGUGGACCUGGACUCUUUGGAUGAAAGGAUAAAGAUCAGGGAGAUGAUCCUGAAGGGACAGAUACAGGAAGCCAUUGCACUCAUCAACAGUCUACACCCAGAGCUGCUUGACACCAAUCGAUACUUGUAUUUUCAUCUCCAGCAGCAACAUUUGAUCGAGCUCAUCAGGCUAAGGGAGACCGAGUCAGCGCUGGAGUUUGCCCAGACACAGUUGGCUGAGCAGGGGGAGGAGAGCAGGGAGUGUCUCACGGAGAUGGAGAGAACACUUGCCCUUCUGGCCUUCGACAACCCAGAAGAGUCGCCCUUUGGGGACUUGCUCAACAUGAUGCAGCGGCAAAAGGUGUGGAGUGAGGUGAACCAAGCCGUGCUGGACUAUGAAAACAGAGAGUCGACGCCCAAACUGGCUAAACUCCUGAAGUUACUACUGUGGGCACAGAAUGAGCUGGACCAGAAGAAGGUGAAAUAUCCCAAAAUGACUGACCUUAGCUCGGGCACCAUCGAGGACCCCAAGUGAACAUAACAGAGGAGAACAACCCCUUAAUUUAUGAUCAGUCAGUGACUGUGUGACGACCAGGUAACGUAUAUGUAUAAAUAAAUGCUACAUUGUUUUUGUUUCACGUGUCAUGAGAGAUUAAACUUAACUCUUUGUGCAAACUGUAAAUUGCUGUAUUGCAAGUUGAAAGAAAUUAUAUAAGCAUCACUCCGGAAUUUUUAGAUCUUGGAAUUAAAAUGAAAAUCGCCGCUAUUAUAUUUUGCCUUUCUAAAGCUUAAGCCGGUAGUAUUAUUUAUUGUAGGAGAGGGAAAGAGAGAAAAUUGAGUACACAAUUUAAGAGUAUUUUUCAAUGUAAAUUGAAAUAUCUGCAAAUAUAUGUAUUCUAGUUUAAAUCACUUACUAUCAAUUUAAAUAUUUUAUUUUUGUCGUACCAUAACAAUGUUUCUAUGAUCGGCUUUGCAAAGUAAUACUGUCGUGUGUGUGUGUGUGUGCGUGCGGAGAGGGUGAUUCACAACUAUUAAGUUUUAGCACCCUCUGCCUAUGUUCAGCCUCAGUGUGCGUCGCUAUUCCACAUGAAAGUGUUUUAAGCGUUUUAUAUUACACCGGGGUUGAGAUUAAAUGAAUAUUCUACCAUUUGUAAAAAUGGAGGCGGGAUUUGUGUUUCUUGCGAGAAAGGGCUGCUCUGAUCAUGAGAUGCUAACAAGUGACUGUGCCAAUAACCUGUUGUGUGAAAACUCUUAUUUAAACUUUAUUCACACUGGAACUGAUUCUUCUUUUUUGUAAUGGCUGUCUGUUUUUUUUCGUUUUAAUAUUUAAAUGUCAAUGAUUAAAUGCAUUGACAUUGUGAAUAAGUCCCAGAACGUGUAAUUUAUUUUGCCACUUUUAAAGCCGUUCACAUUUUUCACUUCUACUGCAUGUAAAUGUAUUUGUUUUUCAAUGAUGAAAUGCUCCUGUGCUGGUUUUUGUUUUGUUUAUUAACUUUUAUAAAUAUAUAUAUAUAUAUAUAUAUAUAAAUAUAGAUUGCUGCUAGUUGUUAGUCUAAAUACAAAGACACAGUGAGCCCACAUCCCUUUUUAUUCAACAUUUUUAAGAUCAGAUUUGCAAUUAUAAAAAUAAACAAAACUUUUGUGAACC